AUGGCUAGCUGGGUUGUGAUUUUUGUGAUUGUUUUAGCAUUUGUGCAUGCAUCUGCACGUAAUGUUCCUAGUGAUGCUGAUCUUGAUAGCAAAAAUGUUGUGCCUAAUGAAGAGCAAGUGUUGCAUGCUAGUGCACCAAUGGCCGAGUCACCUAGCAGCACUGGCCUUAAGGACAAAAAGAAUUUCAUAUAUGGUGGUGUUGGUGGCUUUGCUGGGAUGGGAGGCUACGCUGGUAUCAUUGGUGGACUGCCAAUUAUUGGUGGCCUUGGUGGACUUGGGAAAAAUGGAGGGAUUGGAGGGGUUGGUGGAAUAGGAGGUGUUACUGGCCCUGGCACUGGUGGUCUUGGUGGUUUAGGAGGUGCAGGUGGCGGUGCAGGUGGUUCGACUCCACCAUUGCCUUAA